AUGAAUAAGCAGGCGGACACCUACGAGGCCGACCACCCGCGUGACAUAGAGGGUGUAGCAACUCCCUACCUCAUAUCGACCACUGACGCGUCGUCUUCCUCGCUGGCCACGGCAUCCCCCAUCGCCGUUCCCACCGUGCCCAUGGGUAGCUCAUCGACCUCCAGAGACACAGAUGCAGCUGCACCGCCGGCAAGCAUCUACGUCGCCAGCCCGUGUCCUCUUAGCACUUCCAUCGGCCGUGAUAGAGUUUUGUACACCAGCGGGUCGCUGCUCAUCUCAUCCGGCGUCGGCCGGCACAACGGGUUUUUGCGGACGCACAAGGUGCUCAUCGUCGGCGAGGCCGGCGUAGGCAAGUCAAACCUCAUGCACCGGUACUGUUACGACCAGUACAACCCAGCGCUACCCUCCACGAUCGGAGUGGAGUUCUGCUCUCACGAGGUGGACAUACCACUCGGGCCAGUCGGCGUCACCGAGACCGUCGUUCUGCAGCUCUGGGACACCGCCGGUCAGGAGCGCAACGGGGGUGUCAUCAGCAACGCUUUCUACCGUAACGCAGUCGGCGCCAUCAUCGUCUACGACGUGGCACGGCGCGAGUCGCUGCUGAACGUGCCGCGCUGGGCAGCGCGGGUGACGGAGCUGGCGCACGACGACUGCGUGUGUGUCGUUGUCGGUGCUAAGCUGGACUUGCUGUGCGCGAAGACAUCCACAGCGACGAUGGCAAGCUCGCUCGAGACAGUGCAACAGGAAGCGGAUCGAAUCUCUCACGCGAUGGGCAUGCGGAACUUCAUGACGUCGGCCCUCUCGGGGAAAGGAGUGCUGGAGGCAUUCACGCACCUGAUACUCGCCGUAGAUGCUGUGCAAGCAGCACCGCGGCGUAGUAACGAUAUGAGCUCUAACCAAUGCCAGACAAGACGCAGCGGCCACGGCGGUAGUGCUCCAGUGCAGGAGGUGCAGAUGUGGACGGCAGCAACCGGUGUCCCUGCCUCCCCGAUAAAUGUGAUGGGGGGCGCAAAGGGGCUCCACCGCUGGCCCGGCGUUGGCGGAGACGUUGCCUCAUCACCACUGUCACGCGCGGCGUCGACGCCGGUGAUGAGCGUGCACACCGGCGCCCCUCCUGCGACCGGUUGGGAGCAGCGGCAGCUCCCCUCGGACACCAAGAAGGCGCUGGACCUACGAGGCUUCGGUUGCGCUGGAGCGAGGCCCGACACAUACACACCGGGGCCUACGUGUGGUGGAACGUGGGGGUGCUGA